UCCCACUUAGCUUCACACAAAAAGCAGAGUAAAUAAAGGUGUAGAAAUGGUGAUAUUGACCUAACCUAUUGACCUCCAUUUCCAAAGCUACUCCACUCUGGAUCUGUACAAGAGCCCCGGCCAUGACGACGCCGAGACUGCUUUCUCCGGCGGCACUAUCAGUUGCGCUUCUGUGGCUCGUCCACUUCUCCGACGCGUCGGGCGAGGAAGGCGUUAUCGGAUAUGGUUACAAAGUUAUAUCAGUUGGGGCAGACUCCACUGCAUCUUCUCUCACUGCUAAGCUUCAGCUCAUCAAACAAUCCUCUGUUUUUGGACCUGAUAUUCCCGCACUCAACCUUGUUGCCAGCUUUGAAACAAGCGACCGUCUGAGAGUCCGAAUAACGGACGCCAACAACCAGAGAUGGGAGGUUCCACAGGACGUAAUCCCCCGCCAACAACCGCCGGCGGCGGAAGCCUUCCAACCGUUGAUCGGAAACUUCCUCCAACGUUCGAUCUCCUCGCCCAAUUCCGACCUGGUAUUCACUCUACAGAACACAACCUCCAGCCCAUUCGGCUUCACGGUCCACCGUCGUUCCACCGGCGACGUCCUCUUCGACACCUCGCCGGUGGCCAACCGUCCGGACACUCUGUUCAUCUUCAAAGACCAGUACCUCCAGCUCUCCUCCUCGCUGCCGGCCGACAGAGCGAACCUCUACGGCAUCGGAGAGCACACCAAGGGAUCUUUCAAGCUCAGUCACAACCAGACGCUGACUCUGUGGAACGCCGACAUUGGAAGCGCCAAUCUCGACCUCAAUUUGUACGGCUCCCACGCUUUCUACAUGGACGUCCGAUCGCCCGCGGGAGCCUCUCAUGGAGUGUUCCUCCUGAGCAGUAACGGCAUGGAUGUUGUGUACAACGGCGAUAGGAUCACUUACAAAGUCAUCGGAGGGAUUGUCGAUUUGUAUUUCUUCGCCGGACCUUCUCCUGCGGCGGUGAUGGAUCAAUACACUCAACUCAUCGGCCGUCCCACCCCUAUGCCAUAUUGGUCUUUUGGUUUCCACCAGUGCAAAUGGGGUUACAAAAGUGUGUAUGAUAUUGAAAAUGUAGUUGCUAAUUAUGCAAAAGCUGGAAUUCCUUUGGAAGUUAUGUGGACUGAUAUUGAUUACAUGGAUGCUUUCAAGGAUUUUACACUAGAUCCAAUUAACUUUCCUUUGGACCUGAUGAAGAAUUUUGUUGAUAGGCUUCAUCAAAAUGGUCAAAAAUAUGUGCUAAUAAUUGAUCCAGGUAUUAAUAUUAAUGAUACUUAUGGGACUUACAUCAGAGGGAUGGCAGCUGACAUCUUCAUAAAGCAUGAUAAUAAGCCAUAUAAAGGAGUUGUUUGGCCAGGAGAUGUUUACUAUCCUGAUUUUCUGAAUCCAUCUUGUGGAAUCUUCUGGAGCAAUGAAAUAAACAAGUUCCACAGCCAACUCCCUAUAGAUGGCAUUUGGCUUGACAUGAAUGAGUUAUCAAAUUUCAUAUCUUCGCCCGUCGCUCCAUCUACCCUUGAAGAUCCUCCUUACAAGAUCAACAAUUGGGGAACUAAAGCACCAAUAAAUCAUAAUACAGUUCGAGCUACUGCUGUGCAUUUCGGUAAUAUCACAGAGUAUAAUGCCCACAACCUCUAUGGAUUUUUAGAGUCCAAAGCAACAAACGCUGCGUUGGUGAAAAUCACCAGUAAAAGGCCAUUUAUACUUGCUAGAUCAACAUUUCCUGGCUCUGGGAAAUACACUGCACAUUGGACUGGAGACAAUGCUGCUACUUGGAAUGACUUGGCGUAUUCCAUUCCUAGUAUUUUAAAUUCUGGAUUGUUUGCGAUACCAAUGGUUGGGGCAGAUAUAUGUGGAUUCUCCGGAAACACAACUGAAGAACUCUGUCGACGAUGGAUUCAGCUUGGGGCUUUUUAUCCGUUUGCAAGAGACCACUCUGAAAAGGAUUCAAUCCGUCAGGAACUCUAUGUUUGGGAUUCGGUUGCUGCUACAGCUAAGAAGGUGCUUUCACUCCGUUACCAGUUACUUCCAUAUUUUUACACACUGAUGUAUGAAGCUCACAUGAAAGGAACUCCAAUUGCACGCCCUCUUUUCUUCUCAUUCCCUCAAGACACCAACACAUAUGAUAUUAGUUCACAGUUUCUUCUUGGUAAGGGUGUCAUGAUCUCGCCUGUAUUGAAACCAGGAGAAAACUCAGUCGACGCAUAUUUUCCAGCUGGAGUCUGGUUUGAUCUCUUCAAUUACUCCCAUUCAGUGAGUUCAAAUCAAGGAAAAUACAUCACAUUAGAGGCACUACCUGAUCACAUAAAUGUACAUGUUCGCGAAGGCAACAUAUUGGCUAUGCAAGGGGAGGCAAUGACAACAGAAGUUGCUCGGGAAACAGCAUUCAAACUCCUAGUCGUUCUGAGCAGCAGCGAGAACAGCACUGGAGAGCUAUUCCUAGACGACGGGGAGGAAGUGGAGAUGGGAAUUGCGGGAGGGAGGUGGACGCUAGUAAAAUUCAGCAGCAACAGUGUUGGGAACACAGUCGUGGUUGAAUCAAAAGUGACAAAUGCAGAGUUUGCAUUAUCCAAGAAAUGGGUCAUUGAAAAAGUGACAUUUCUGGGUUUGAAGCAUGUAAGCCACCUGAACAGCUAUAAACUUGGCCCAAAAAUGGGAUCAGGAUGGAAACAAAGCCGCAGAAUGUUGGCAGAUAUCAGAGUGGGUGAAGAGUUUACUGUGGUGGAAGUUUCAGGAAUGGCAAUACCGGUUGGGAAAGAGUUCAGACUGGAGUUCAAUGCUAAUAUGUAGACAGUGUUGCUAUGCUAAUAAACUGUCAGCACAGGCUCCAGACAGUUAAUAAUGAAUAAUACUGUUACCACACCCUUUGACACUUGA